AUGUCUUCAGGACAGAGCAAUGAUCGCAUUCCAAAUGGAUAUGGAUCUCACGCCAUGCCCCUAAGCAACGGCAUCAACAACAGUCAUGACGCCCCAACCAAAACAGAAGAAGAGAAGCAGAAGGAAAAGAAGAAGAAGAAGAAGACCCUCAUCCUCAACGCCUUUGUGGAAAUGUGUAAGUCCCAAUAUCAUUACCAUUACCAUUACCAUAUCCAUAUCUAUACCCACAUCCUCCCUCUCCCUCUCAAAUCCCAAAUCUCACAUCCCAACAAACCACCUCCAACACCAACACCAAUCCAGGCUCCGGCCACCAAUCCCCUGGCCUCUGGCGGCACCCGCGGGACCGAUCCUCCAACUUCAACACUCUCCCCCACUGGACCGCCCUCGCCCAACUGCUCGAACGGGGCGCCUUCCACGGCCUCUUCAUCGCCGACGUCCUCGGCGGCUACGACAUCUACCAAGGCCCGGGAAACCUGUCUCCGGCCAUCAAGUCCGGAGCCCAAUGGCCCGUCAACGAGCCCCUCUCCGUCGUCCCGGCCAUGGCGGCCGUGACGAGUAGUCUGUCCUUCGGCGUCACAAUUUCCACCUCCUACGAGCAGCCCUAUCACCUCGCCCGACGGCUGAGCACGGUGGAUCAUCUGACGCAGGGCAGGCUGGGCUGGAACGUCGUGACGGGCUACUUGGAUUCCGCCGCGCGCAAUCUGACAAACGGAGCGUCGCAACCCGCACACGACGAGCGGUACGCCAUGUGUGAGGAAUACAUGCAAGUCGUGUACAAGCUCUGGAAUUCUUCCUGGCGGAGCGAUGCGGUCCGACUCGAUCGGGAGCGAGGAAUCUAUACGGAUCCGAAUCUGGUGAGGGAGAUUCGGCACGAGGGGAAAUUCUUCACCGUUCCCGGGCCGCAUUUCUGUCAGCCGUCGCCGCAACGGACGCCGGUGAUUAUGCAGGCUGGGACGUCGAGGGCGGGCAAGGAGUUUGCGGCAAAGCAUGCGGAAGCGAUCUUUGUGUCGCAGCACUCUCCGAAGGCGGUGGCGGGGAGUAUCAAGGAUAUACGAGAGAGAGCGGAGGCGCUCGGGCGGGAUCCGGGGAGUAUCAAGGUGCUGGCGAAAUUCUGUCCGGUGCUUGGGAGGACGCAGGAGGAGGCGGACGCCAGAUAUCGUGAUUACGCUCAAUAUGGUGACGCUGAGGGGGCGUUGGCAUUGUUUGGUGGCUGGACGGGUGUGGAUAUGGCUCUGUAUGGGGACGACGAAGAGUUGCGAUAUGUGGAGUCAAAUGCCAUCAGGUCGUAUAUCGAAGGACUACUGAAGACGGCCCCGGACGUGAACGGCGGCAAGUGGACCAAGAAGACACUAGCACAGCACAUCGUGGUCGGCGGCUUGGGAGCAACGUGCGUGGGCACACCUGAGAAGGUGGCGGACGAGAUGGAGAGGUGGGUCGCAGAGGGAGGUGUAGAUGGUUUCAACAUCGUGAGUCGUCUCUCCGUUCGUUCGCAAGUCAUCUCCACGGCUGCUACUACUGGUUCUGCUCUUGGACUGCUCGCGAGUUUCAACAGCUGCAAUGGUGAGAGGAUGCUGACUCGGCAUAGGCAUACGCACUCAUGCCAGGGACAUUCGAAGACGUUGUCGAGCUUUUGAUACCCGAGCUGCGUCGAAGAGGCUUGUUCUGGGAGGAUUACUGUGUGCCGGGGGGAACGUACCGAGAGAAUCUGAAUGAGAAGGCGGGUCAGAAGGAGCCUCUACACGAUCAUCCCGCCGCGAAGAUGAUUUGGCGACCUGAGCGGAAGACGGGGGGAUUCGCGUUGAAUGGAGUGAAUGGAUGGCGAGGUAAUAGUCAAGGCCAGAUGGAUCUCGAAGACAGUCUAGACGAGGAAGAAGUGUUGGAUCCGACCACAAUGCAACUGGGAUAGUCAUCUCGAUUCCUCUCUCGCUCAGAGUGUAGCUCACGUUUCUUGGUGAUGUCCAGGCGAUGAGGACUCUCCAUGUCCCGCAGAGGCUCGACAGCGAUACGAGAUGGUCGAAGAAUGCCGACAUCCUUGGACCCCGAACAGGUGUGCGUGAUGUGAUGCUGUAGCUGCAACUGUCGUGUCUGGUGCGACUUUGUUGGCUGUGCCAUGGCGUGGUGCAGGUCGGAGUAUUUCUGCUGCAGAAGCAGGUAGCAUCAACAGCAGUGAUACUCCUUGCUUGAGUCGAGAAUAGCACAAGUAUUGUAGAGUUCGCUGGUCGAGUCGGCUGUCACGGCAAUCUCUACCCCGGCUAUCCAUCGCAGUGAUUCGAUUCUCGUGAUUCCGAUGAGAUAGACGUCAAGCCUCGCAGUCUGGAUAGCAUAGCAUAGCAUAGCAUCCACGCGCUGGCCAUGUGGUGGCAGUAGGAGGCGCGGACACGACCGUGAAGCCCGUCAUCCUGCACGUCUCCGAAUGCGGAUGGGGCCCUUGACGUCUUCAGGUCCGACGUCUUGUCCAACAGCCUCACCUCUCUGCAGGAUCUCACACUCGUCCAGUUGCCUCAGACGCCAGGCCCGAGCCCGGAUCGAAGGCAUCGCGUCUCGCCACUCCGCGAAUCCGAGUUCUGACAGCUCGUCGGCGGAAAGGGCGCGGGCGACGUCCGAGGGACAGAAGGUCUUGGGGGGGUGCCGCUUCUGGAGGAAGUCCAAGAGGCGACGUUGCAGGAUGUCUGCUGCAUCUUCUCCAUGUUCGGGCAUCGAAUGCGAGUCUGACGGCAGCGUACCAGCCCAGCGUACCAGCGCAGCGCAGCCCAGCGUAUGUGUUCGGUCUUCUUCCGGUCGGCCGGGCAAAGAUACGUACCUUUGCGCUUCUCGUCGCUACCAGCUCGAGAUGCACCGCAUGCAAAAGGAUACGACGGCGUGGGUGUGCAUGUGAAGGAGUGCGGUGCGGUGCGUGAAGAGUGCGGUGUUGGUGCUAGUUCUGGUGCUGGCAUGUGAAGGUGGAGAUUAUUAUUAAGAAUCUAACGGCAUUCCGUUGUCGCUGCCCGGCCGUUUCAGCGCUGGAAGGAGUCUAGGGCCAGUGGAAGGUGAAACGCCGGAGACGCGCACUUUCGGCCGGGGCGGUUGCGAGGAGUCGAGUACGUGAUCGGUGGAGCCUGAGGGAAUAAUAAUGGAACACACUGACACUGACACUGACACUGACACUGACAUUGUUGACACUGAGCCUGACACGGACACUGAGACGGAGACUCAGACGGACCACACGAAAGGUCUCGAGCAUCCCGAACCAGAGAUGGUCCCGAUCUCGACGCUUCAACCACGGUCAAUUCUUCCCUCUUAUUAUUAUUAUUAUUAUUAAAUACAAAUACCCAUACCAGAGAGAGCAUAGGUUUGUGAUUCGGGCUGCUGCACCCGCCACACGCCAUCUUUCAUUUGGUUGCAGCACGAGGGGCCUAUUAAUAGCCGGGUCACAGGUCACGGGUCACCGUCACCCAACUCUGCUCUUCUAUACUGACGCUCCAAACAACGCCUCACAACAACCGCGGCGGCGGCGCCUGCCCGGCUGUAAUCCUCUCCCCUGCCUCCUCGCCCAAUAUACUACCCUAUCCUCUCUCCUCCCCUACCCGAUCAUUAUACACAGCCAUACACAAUCGUACACAACCAUACCGUACACAAGCAUACACCGAACGGGACGAGACACCGUCUACGUCGAUCACGUCUACAACGGUCACGUACACACACAGCUGGUCUGACGAGAGUGCGAACGCGAGAGCGAGAGCGGAGGAAGUCGUCGUCGACUCUUCACGAAGCAGGAGGAGUGGAGGAGGCAGGAAGGAAGAAAGGAAGAAGGGAAGAAGGGAAGGGAGGAGGAAGCAGCAUGGCGGAGGUCAUGGCACCACCGUCCGACUCCUCCAGUGCGACGACACAUGCGUCGGGACGAGGUGCGACGGCAACCACAACCACAACCAUAACAAUACCUCAUCCUGCGUCCUCAUCGUUGUCGCCCGAUCCUCAGCCCGCCGAGCCGGCGCACAACGAAGCCGUCCCGCGCACGCGACACCGCGACCAGCAAUCACAGGAGCGCAUACCGUCCUUCGCCGAGAGCAGAAUGUCCUCCUCCUCGCGAAGGUCCCAACCGCAGUCCGCCCUCGUUGCCCAGCAAUCGAGCCUGUCCUACACCCUCGUCCGUGACUUCGCCUAUCCCGAUUUCCAUCCCAUGCAUUUUGGCGGUCCGCCUGAAGAUCGCGGCGGCGCAAGCACUCCCGGGUCCGAGUGGAACGCCGGACGAAGAGCAUCGGAUUCACUCGAGGCGGGCGCCGGUCGGGGACACUGCAGCGCUGGUCCAUGGGGAGGGGACGGCGCAUUAUACGGAGAGCCUGGUGGACAAGAUCUGGAGGGAGAGCCUCUGCCCAGCACGAGUUUUGGGAGUGGAGCAGCGGGCGACGACUGGGCCGACGACGAGACGAGUUUCAGGAAGAGUAAGCAUCGGAAGAGCAGGAGCUUUGCAGACGUACCGAAUUACGAAAGAGGUCGGAGGCGGGAAAGCGGCGGUGGGAACAGGACAUCGGAGUAUCUGGCUCCCGGAGGAUCAGAUCCAGCAGGUCGCGAUGCAUUGAGGCAGAGUCGUGGCUUCCAGGAAAAUGGAGACCGGGGGAGGAGAGACUCCCAUCUCGCUACCACCUUACCAAGCCGAAGCUUCCAUACCAGUCAACCGGUGGACCCAGACGACGAGCAGAUUCCUCUGGAUGCCGAACCGUCGAACCACUCGCCGCAAAGAGAGAGCAUCGGCCCGGAAGACGAGGAGCUGUUUGCGGGACCUUCUCUGGCACUGUAUAGUUUCGAGCCGGAGAACGACAACGAGUUGCGACUCACCGAAGGGCAGACGAUUCUGGUUGCAUAUCGGCAUGGACAAGGGUGGCUGGUUGCCGAGAAUCCGCAGACCGGAGAGCAAGGAUUGGUGCCGGAGCAGUACGUCAGACUGCUGAGGGAUAUCGAGGGCUGGGAUGAAGAACGGGGCGGCUUCAUCGAUGAGGACGACGAGGUGGAAAGUGUGGACAACGGGCUUGAUGCGGUGCACAUCAGCGGACAAGACCAUUCGAACGACCAUCGGGCCCCCGACCACACGCUUCCAGCCGACAAGGACCUCAACUACGAGACAGAGGUAAAGCUUACCAGAGCCCAGCCGAACAAGUGAAGACAUCUCAGCCUACCUUGGACGUCAGAACUCGCACAGUUGCUGUUGCUAUCCCAUGCUACCCAAGUCAAGAAUGCCUGGGCAUGGGGUCGCUCUGCCCGUCGGCGAAUGAGCACCCCAGCUUCUACUCGCCAUGCCUCCUUCUCACCAUACUCGGACAUCGUCCGAGAUAUCACUGCUCAAAGGGUGAACGGAAGGCGCUUGUGGGAAGCCCGGUACAGGAUUCCGAUCCUUACAGUCCAGGCGAUGUGGCUUCGUAUCGUAUCUGGAUCCGUCCAAUGUAAACGGUCGGCGGCUCAGGAGCCCUCUUGACCUCACCACAUGCUUUCAGCAGACCGAAUGGAGCCCUCCCGAAGGCGACGAAGAUGUCGAGAUUUGCGACGCAGAUACCUCAUGUAUGAUCCGGCCGAGGCGGCUGAAGGAAUACCCAAUGUGCGAGAUAUGAGAAGAAAUAGUUUUCUGAUAGAAUCCCCCAAGCUGUGCUAACUCCACCCGACACAGGUUUUUGUGUCCUGACCGCCGCCAAUUUCUCACUUUUUUCUUAUCCUCCUCUACGCACUCACACAUUCCAAAUGCCACAACAUGCGGCGCGCAUGCCGGGACGAUCCCCGACGGCCGCUUGGUAGCGCAUCAAGGUCUGCCUUAACGGAAGAGGUAGGUGGAACAGCGACAGCGAACGGCGACGACGAUGAUGACACGUUCCUGGUGGUGAAGCAUCUUACACCACAGCCCCCUUUCUUCUCCUUCAGAAUCCCUCCCGCCUACGUGGCACCACACAACAUGCUGUUCUUUCCUUUGGGGUGCGAAUUUUCUCGGCAGGCUUCAUUCAACAUUCAACAUUCAACAUUCAACAUUGCCAUUUCCGGUCUUGUAAGCCAGUUUGCCAAGAAGGGGGACAAGGGGCUAGAAUAUCACCAAGCAUCCAAGCAUUAUUGUUGAUGGGUGUUUAUUGGCACCCUUGUUCUGGGUGUGCGCGCGUCGGGGCUCACUCACUUAUUAUUAUACCUAUGGACAAAUCUCUACUCGUGGACUUUGUUUUCUUUUGAGACGAGAUGAACGAUGCACAGUGAUGACCUCUUUUUUUCUUCGUGGUCGUAGUGCGAAGACAAGAAGAAGAAAGAUAGAUUGUGGGAUUCCCGGGCGUGGAGGAAUCUUUUGCGAGGCAAUGUAGGCACUUGGAUGGAUGAAUGGGAGGAGAUCUGAAUGUUUUGAUGAUAUGCGCUGCUCUUGUGCCAAAGGGAAAAAGGACACCGAUAGCGGGAUUUGCAUCUCCGACAACAUGGCGAACGAAGAGACCUGCGCUUUCCUUCGACGACCACCACCACCACCAGCUCAGCUUCUCCUCAACCUACAUACAGCCUAUUCCACUACAUAUCGGCGCUCUCUUCAUCUUUCCUGGCGUUCCCUUCCGAGACCGCACCUCCCUCUUUCUCGCUAUUCGGGUCCCACAAUUCCAUAUUGAAGCAUGAAAGCUAUCUGCGCGGGACUUGAGACUUACACUACCUCUCAUAGACGUCCUCGGGAAGGAGGUUCUCGCCGAUGAGAGUUGGAAAAUUCUAAGGGAGAGGAGGAGGAGUGUGGGUGGUUUUAGGGAGGCGUUUGGUAUGAGUCUUCCGGGUGCUUGGGUAAAGUGGUUCUGUCUAUGCGGGAGAAUGAUUAUUGGGUUGAUAAUUAAGACUGGGCGCAAGGGGGGAUGAGUUGCUUCUUGGUUUGUGCUGUUGUUGUCAGGCGGUGUUCUGACGGUGAAGUUAGAGGAAGAGAAAGGCGGGGACUAAUAGGCACAGGGCAGUUGAAGGCUACGAGAUGGGAGAUUUCCAGAUGUAAUUGACAAAUUCAUCGUUGGCCCUAUUACACAUUCCUUGCCCCCGGAAGUUACGCGCUUCGUUUUAUACGGACAACUCUCCUACGCCCUUCACUACCUCCUCCUCUAGCACACAGCCCACUUUGCUGCAGAAUAAUGCAAAAUACUCAAGAUCACAUCAACGUCCUCGUGCACAACUUAUGCAGGCCACGAGGACUUCCUCUCUUGGUCACCGACAUCAUUGCGAGCUACCUCGACAAGUCCGUCUUUCACACACUGAGCAAGGUGUCCAAGAAAUUGAAUGAGUAUGCGAUCCCACUCAUUUACCAGGACAUCAAACUCGAUUUUGGCAGAUCUGCGGACUGUGGACGCAAAACGGCUCUGCUUCUUCGGACCUUGCUCACCAACACGCCGGCGGCUAAAAGCGUCCGAACGCUCGUGUUGAGUGGUGAUCUGCUGCUGUCAUGGAAGGAAGGCACUACUCCAGCAAAUAAUCCCGCUGAAACAGUCAUGGAGCUACCUGCUUUCACACCGCGGGAGAUGGAAUCACAAUGCAAGUUGACAGACACUUGCUUCACGACGAUUCAAUCAUUGCCAAUCCAAGUCGCUUUGCCGAAGCUGUGCUUGAACAUCAUCAGCUUGUGCUCUCGACUCGAGGACCUAAGCAUUAGCUCUGUUUACCUUCGAUUUCCCGAAAUUACCGAUACGUUGGAAGCCAUGGCCAAGACUGGAGACUUCGGAAGCUUGAAGAACUUGCAGACUUGCCGUUUAUGCUUCGACUUGUUGACCGAGCACCCUCAGGAGCAAUUCGAUAUAUUCCAGGCCUAGGACCAUGCGGCGCUCAUGCCGUUGUCGGCACCAAACAUCGAAGCGCUAUCGGCCGCCAUGACUUUGGCUCCAGGGAUCACCAAUGGUUUACGUGCGACCUCGAUCACAAGUCUGACUCUCCACCACUGCCAGGAGCAAGAGGCCGCCUUGGACGACUUGUUCUCUGCAAUGCCCAAGCUCCGGUACCUCGAGUACCUGGCUUCGGUAAAUACAGGCUGGUGGCGUAACUCACGUCGGAGUAAUCCUUAUGAUCGACCGGACAUUGGGCUAGAACUGCUCUACAGGUCCCUUCACCAACUGAAGGAUACCUUAGAGGAACUUGUUGCUGGCCAGGCAUACAUAUGUGCCAAUGAGUACUUCGAGCAGGGUGACCUCGAACGUGAUCAUGGACUGCCGGACCGACAUCUCAAUAACUUGUCGAUCAUGGGACGCCUGCAUACUCUAUCGAUACCGUACAUGUCGCUUCUUGGCCGCGAAGACAAGGAUGCCUCAAGAUAUGACUGGCAUGCCACUCUUCCCAGAUCAUUGCGGUCGCUAACUUUGACUGAUCAUCUGGCUGAGAACGGCUGCAACUACCAGCCUACAUGGGACGACGCGAGCUUGUUGCCAGUCUUCACGAGCCUUCUGGAUGCGAUGAUGGUAUGCAGGUCAGGGCCGGAGUCUUCGAGGUUCGCUCUUGUCUUCCACCAAAGCGACUGCGAGGAUGUCACCAGGUCGACGUAAGAGAGGCUAGACGCUCUUUGUUAGGACCGCAACAUAUAUUUCUCGGUGGACAAGCUUGCGGAUGAGUGUUUUUCGGGGGAGCACUGGCCACCGAAAUAGAUCUGUAUAAGGUAGCGCGAGCUAUUCGGGUGAGCUUACUUGUGGUGUAUGCCUACAACGAUCUACACAUACACAUCGAUGAAUACAUGCUUUCAGGUGAGUUCCCAAAUUGUCUUAUUCUUCGAUACAUUGCCUUCUGCGUCCUUCAUGUAAGCCUGACUCGGUUAGACCUCUUUCGAAGCAGCGCAACCACCCAAGAAGCCAUCACCAUCACGACCAAUACAGCCGCCAAGAUGGCCACGCUAUGCCUCUCCCAGAUACCGCUUAUGUCCGACGACGUUUUGGCCUGCGAGUAGGCAUGCCUCUCGUCCAGAGACCUGGAACCUGCCACUAAUAUGCGUGCUUGAUGAGAUAUCUGUCGAGAGCCUCAGGCGGUAUCCGGAGUCGUCCAAGUCCUUCGGUACAUGCCAGAGGUAUGUCAUGAUACCCAAGAAUUGGUAUUUGCACGAGAGAUCGAACCGCUCGAGGAUCAAUCCGUGACCAUUCGAUUCGUGGAAAGGUCCGCUGCCUUUCCAUAAAAGAAGGUCGCAUUCGUCGGCGCUGGGAAGGAUCGUUAGCGAGGUUACAUCUGCUAGCCAAAUCGAGACUUACGCAUCACUUCUCCAAUCACUGUGUCCGUGUCGUUGUGUUGUACAAGGUCAAGAGUGAAGAGCGUAGUAUCAUUGAAGGGCUGGUCAAGUGGGUGGCCAGGAGAUGGUCCUUCUUGCCAGUUGCCUCUGCAGUAGAUCCAUGAGAUCUCAGCAGGACCGUCCAGCUCGUAGACGUCGAUAUCUAGCAAGCUUGGGUUGAUGAAUGUGCCAGCAGUCCUGUUGUGCUGAGCAUCGAUGAACUCGAUUUUGCCAUCUAUUUCCACGGGAAAAGAACAGCGCUCCGACUGGACAUCGUUCACUUCGGUUCAGCGCGUAGGAAGGAGGCAUCGUCGACAUACCGCGCUAAGGUAAUAUUCGUCUUUCCCCUAUCGAUGCAAAAACAUCUCCUAGCAAAACCUUUAGAUUUUCAAUGGUGCAGCGAAACCCGAUUCUGGACUUUUUCGAACCCAUAAAGUCUCAUAUCCGACCGAAGGGGGAGGGGAAGCCACUUGAAAGAGAGCUAAAAGGCGUGGAUCAAAGUCUCUGUACCCAUCAGCUAGUUGUAACAUUUCCUUGAUCAGAUAAACGGAAGAUAUACAAGGGCAAUGAAUCGUCAUUCGCGGUCAUCCAGUAGUUUUGAACGCUUCACAUAAUCCUGAUACCGCCGGGCAGCCUACUUACAGCUUGAAGCACGUCAGACGCCUCCACUCCACUCCUAGGGCUUCAAAUAGACAGGUAGGUACUCGCGCCACGCACGUGACGGAUUUCUUUCAUGCGACGGGAUGCCUUCGUGAACUUCGUUUGAGAAUCGUUAAAAAAAAAGCGUAUCGAGCGCAAGCCGUCAGGUCUCCAGCAGCGGUUUGUUCUCUGAUCAUCGUUUCGGAAAAUCGAAAACUCUUCCUCUCCAGGCCAUAUUCGGAAGCGCCAAGUUGUCCUCGGCUCGACCAGAUAUCUGAGUUAUCUCCCGCAAAGAGAGAAUUCGAAUCGGCCAUCUGUCCUCCUGCUCCUCUUCUUCUUGUCAUCGUCUGGAAUCGCAGGCUCCUCGCUCGAUCCCAGCCACCCCUUCUCAUGCACAGAUACUACUCGUACACUUCAAGAAAGUAGCAAAAUACAUCUCCCCCAGCCACAGAUUACAAGUCUGGUUCGCAUUAUCCCUGACUUCCCAAAAACUCGCAUCGCCCGUGACUGGGACACAGUCGCCGACGUGAUCGCCUUGCUCGUUCCGCACCGUAUAGGCCAAAUCCGUCGCGUCGGCGCCGGAAGAUGUCUUCUCGAAGCUCAAGUUGCGCUCGCCGCAGAUUCCGCCUUCGGAGUGAGAGGAUGAUGCGCCGAGGAGGCCGAGGGAGGCGUUCAGAUGGUUGUUGUCUUCUGCGGAGACGAGGUGGUUGCAGUUGUAUGUGGUGUUGGGGUUGGAGCCGGACGAGAGGACUUGCGCGGCGUGGAAGCAGUUUUGGACGAUGAAGACGCCCAUGCAGGUUGUGCUGUUGGAGAUGUAGAAGUCCGCUGCGGCGUAGCUGGCGAGGAAUGUUGUGACGAGGAGAGUUGGAGGGAGAAACAUCGUGGGAUGUCGUUAAUUGUUUGGUAAUUUCUGAUUUUGACGACGAGGCUGAAGUAAGUAGUGAGCAAAAGAUAUCCGCCUACCUACUUCGCGCGACAGGACCGUGGCCUUAUCGCAUCUUCGCAACCGCCAGCCUCGUCGCUGGCCUCUGCAGCUUCCUGCGUGGUGGAGGCGCAUCCGGGCGUUCUGGUCCAGUUUAGCGAAUGAUGAACGGGAAGACUGCGGGCAAGGCUGAACUAUACCAAGAAAGCUUCCAUGCAGCGUCGAAUUGGAAAGGCUUAAAGUUCUCUGGAGCUCGCCUGACCCUUCAGCUGCACAGCCCAGACCGCUUUCAGGCUGUGUUGGAGAGACACUUUGAUCGUGUGGUCGGCCGUCACAGCUAUUGUGACAGCAUUGGCGGCACCAUAAACAGCGCCGACAUGGAGGACGAGUGUUUGGCGUACUUCUUCGGAGUCAACGAAAUGAGAUGUUGGUGAAGCGCAAGGCCGGCCAUGGAAAUGGCGAAGGGGACUCAGCUCGGCGUGGCUUUCAUCUCAGCCUUGUGCGCAAAGGUGGUGGAAAUUCGGCAGUUAGAACCAAUGUACUGCUUGGUAUCAUACUCUUUGUUCGAACAGAAUCAACUCAGCAGACGAGAUGCUUAUUCCAGAGUCUUGCUCUCGCCGAAAUGUUGCUCGCCUACUUUCUGUCCUCCCGCAAUUGGAAUUGCAUCAGGGUUCUCCUGCUUGCCUGGCUUGCCAGUGCUCUGCUUCGGCGGCUGCUCUUUCGAUUCAUAUGCCCUGGCAGGAUCUUGAGUCCCAGACUCCCUCGUGACAGACUGCUCGAGAUGGUUCUGGGGUAAAGUGUCGCUAUCCUGUCUCGCGUGCUCAUGGGGAUGCGCCGCAUCCUCUGUCGUGGCGCCGCUUCCAGAUCGCUUCGCCUGGCUCGUUGGAGGAUACUGCUGGACUCCUCGCUCGACGGCAGUGGGAGGGAGAACAGCAUCGAGGCUGUGGUUGGCCAGGCUUCCUGAUCUCGGGUGCGAAGGGUCGACACUUGAAGCGUCGCCAGUUCGCUGACCGACGAACUUGGCAUCAUCUCUCUGCAGCGUUUCUGUCUUUUUCAUCGCAGUCUCAGUAGCACCAGAUGCCGGCGGGACGCUACCAGGAGCUGGAGCGACGCCUUGGCCGGUGGCAGGACCUGAUCGUACACCAGCCUGAGCCUCCACCGCGGGCUGCGCGGGCUUGACCUUGCUCAGCAAUUCUCGCUCCACCGCGUCCUUCUCAUGCAUCGCUUCCGCGCUCUUCGCUGCCUCGACAGUCUGACCGGAAAUGACCUCGCUCGCCACGACCUUUGAUGGCACGCCAGUUGCGGCUCCACGCAAUCCUCUCUGUUUCUCCCGCUCCACGACUUCAAUCUGAGGUAACGUCUUUGGGCGAUGCUCGUAAGUUACGUCGGGCUCGGCACUGCUUUCGACUGUGCUUAAGGGCACAUUUCGCUCGGUCGGCCGUCCCGAGAUGUUAGCAGUGUUUGAGACUCCUUGCUGAGCGGGAUCGAGGCCCUGUUGCUUUUGCGCCGCGAUUUCGCUGAUGUAGUCUGUGCCUUCUCUAUGGACUGAGUAUGCGGAGGGAUCGUUGAGGUCUGAGUCGAGCAGUCAGAAAGGGUAGAAAGGACUUGUAUAGUGGAUGUGCUUACUUGGGGUGCUGACGGGCAUGCCUGCAGCUUGCACUUCCGCGUAGCUGGUCGGUUUGGGAGCUGAGAUCGAUGAAUAGCUGUCGUCAUUGCUGUUGGAGCCAGUCAAGGCAUCGAGGCUCUCUGCAACGUAGCUAAUGCCCUGCUUUGCAGUUUCCGCGGCGGCUUGGGCGGCCUGCUUCGCAGUGUCGGUUGCGCUGCUGGAGGCCAUGUCUUUCGGAAAUCUAUGAUGUUGUGAUGUGGACGGUACUCUUCCUGUGGUGUUGGGUUUCACAGAGAUGAAUGGAUAUGAUGGGAGCCAGAUCUUACCCAGUCACUUCCUAUAGAUAUACCCAACCUACCUUUCCUCUCCAGCAUUGAGCGCUCAUACUUGCAUCAUGGCAGCGAUGACGGCUAGCUCUUUGUCUAGCUCUUUGUCCUCGACAUCAGUGAUGCGCGCUGUGGCGACCCAUUGGGGACAGUGCUCGAGCACUAGAUCAUGCCCAAGAUGCCAAACAGGGUCGUGAAGACGGAUCCUUGUCUGAUGUCGCAACCCGGUGGGUCUCUCGAGAUGUCCAAGUGACCUCACUUCCAUCGUUCUACCGACCGUCCUCACGCUGAUCUCGUCUCGUCUCUUUCCGACGGGCUUCACGUAGCCGUUGUACAUGGUCGCAUCGCAGGGUGUGGUCGAGGGAGGGUGUGUUUGUUGUGUUUGGCUGGUGAUGACGGGAACUUUCGCGAUGGCGUCUUUCGAGAAGGCUUGGGAGGAGAUCGUCCAACGCUCUCAGUCUGGCGAGACCGACAUAUCAGGCCUUGAACAAACAAAUCUAGAAGGAUGAUCAAUCACGAGCGGCGUGAGUGGUGAGGAAGAGUAGAUACUACUACUGACCGCAGGGACGAAAGGGACGAAGGGGAAGGACGACGCCAGUCUGGAAUCCAGAAAGUCGUGGGACCUGACUCAGCUUUCACGGCCGCAGGGAUUGUGCUGCCAACGACAUGACCUCACUCUUGACAUUUUUACAUGGGAUGAAUCUAGUAUGUCCCAUUUGAAUGUCCUCAUCGCCAUCGUUCGUUAUGCCCACGCUCCUCAAGUACUACAGCAAAAGAACCGGCACAGAAUAGAGCAAAGCCGAUCCACCAACAGCACCACUCCAGCCCUUCCCAACGGGGAUCGCAGCGUUCUCCGGCGUGUCAUUCCCGUUAUUGUGAUUGUUACGCGCGAUCUAGUUCUCGAUCUUCUGCUCACCCUAGCGAGACUCCACCGACCCAUUCUUAGCAUUCAAAUCCCCCCGGAAACGCGACUUAACCCUCGCUCCAGAGAGAUUCCUCGCACUAGUCGAAGGCACAUUCGCCGAAAUAUCAAACCCAGGUUUCGAAGACGGAUGCCCAGUCGAAUCAUACACACAACCUCCAGUCCCCCAGAUCGAAUCGUAAGCAGCGGUCCAGACCAAACUCUGCAUCUUGAUGAUCGAACCCGUAUAGAAAAGUCGACGAUCCGCAGCUUCGUAGACACACUGCAGGGUGAAACUCUCAUCGCCCAUGCGGACAUUGUUUCGACCGUUCGCAUUUGCUUCGACGCCUUCAACGCCCACGGCAGCCCGCGUGAUCAUCUGCUCCGGCCUAGCGUUUUACUUUCUACACCUGGUCCAGUGCUCCCAUAAUAUCGACAGGAGGGUAUAGAUAGCCAUCUGGAGGAUCUUUCAAAUAAGCCAGCGUGCUCUGGAACUCAGCGAAUGUUCGAAGGCCAUCCAGCUGUAGUCGGUCACCCUGAUCGUCCAAGGGCACGGAUUGUAGACACUCGUAGGCCAGCGUAGCGUUCAGGAGCCCCUUCUCGCUCCUGAUACCAAUUCUCCUUCCCGAUCGAUCUGUAGCAUGGUAUCGUAAGCGGAAGACCGUGCGGACACUGCGAGCAGACAGAUAAAUCCCCCUCCUGAACAAGUCCCGCAAAUCGCUAAAAUCCCCCUGCGGCCUGCUAUACGGAAUUGACCCAUAUAUAUCAAUCAACUGCAGGUCACCUCAAGCUUAUGCGGUGCGAUGGUGAAGCUGCUAGCUAUCGUACCGUACGGCGUUCAGAGGACAUUUGGCUAACAACUUUCUGAACGCAGAUUUCGAACCUUCUAUCACUUCUUUUUUUGGCAUUUUUUCUGCGGACAUCAACUAAAUAGCAGUAAGUGGAAUCAAUUUUUUGGGGCCUCACUUGGGGAUACCAACUUUGCUACAGCCAUUUUUUGGUGAUGUUUCUGUAUGUCUCCCAAGAUUCUAUCGUUUUCCAUGGCUCCUUUUUGAAUUUUUGGUUCCCAUGAGGUCGAAUUGUACAUUUUUCGAGUGUACGGCCUCAGAAACGUCGAUAUCAUUGCGAAAAAUUGAUAUUUUGCCUCACUUAUACCUGCUCUUUGACAUCCCUGUUCACCCAGUGAAAUAUGUCCUCUUCUCCUGCCGUAAAAACGAUUGGGAAACACCUCAAUACACCCAAAAUAUCGUCCAGAACGGGGCACACGCGUCGCAGAGACGAAUUAAAGCCGCUCAUUUCCUCCAGAUCGUUCUCACGCGACGAUCAGGCGAGUUAAAAUUACGAUUCGAGUUGGAGAAGCAAGCGCCUCACCUGAGGAUGCUCCCCAACAUUUUUGCGAAGUUCUUACACCUCCGUGAAGAGCGCUAGAGAUUUUUGAGGGAAAUUUCAAGGCCUCAAAAUGUAGGCGCGACGGGGCGGAGGUCGGAUAUGAGAUUUCCGGUUUCCUUCGGAUCGUUUUUUUGGGCCGAAUAUGUGAGCUAUCGUUACCGUUCGAGUUGGAGGAGCAAGCACUUCACUUGGUGAUGCUCCUCAGCAUUUUUGCGAGAUUUUUACACCUCUGUUGAGAGAGCUAACGAAUUUUGAGGGAAAUACAGGGCUUCAAGUGCACGAACGAUGAGGCAGGCGGGGUGGAUGGGGCUGGAAAGUCUCCGGAAGUCGUUCGUAUGGGCUCAAUAGAUCACACUGAAUUGCGAUCUAAGUUGGAGGAGCAAGCGCUUCACCAGACGAUGCUCUUGAAAUUUUUUCGAUUGAAUGGAACAUCUGUGAAGCUCGCUAGCGAAUUUUAAUUGGAAAACUUGACUUCAGAGGGUGAGCAAUUGAUCCGAAAACCUACAGGGCUGACCCAUAUUGCUGCGGGACGUACUAAUGAGACGUGAAGGAAGACCAAAGGCUUCAAAAGUUCAGACGCGAUCAUCCUCACAAAGCCGCCGAGAGCGGCGCCAUCGACGACCAGGAUCGUCAAACAACAUACGAAUCCACGACGGAGAGCACCCUUUCCACUUUCUGGUCCCUUUGGAGACUUUUGCGAAGGGACGAUUUCCUUGUGGAACCUCCCAGCGAAUUGCAAAUUGAUAAGAGCUGGCAUAAAGGCGAAAGUAUCGAAAGAGCUCGGGAAAUCGGCCUGCUACAUCCACGAUGGAUGCUGGGUACAUGAUAAGGAAUACAAACUGAGUAAAAGAGACAAACACAAGACCUAAAGACCCUCCUCGAUGCUUCCGCGAUCAUUGCACAAUGUUAAGGGGAAGAAGUUCUGGAAACAAAACAAAAGAACACUACCUAAUGCAAAGAGCUCAUGCACGGAACGAAUCCUUUCUGCGGGCUUCAAAGACGCGCUGAGCACGGGGAUUGGAGCUGCAGUUGGAACUCCUGAACUUCGACCAGUCGCCCGACUCCGCUGUCUAUCGUCCUGCAAACAUCAGAGACUACCACAAGGUGCUAUAACUACCUUGAAAGAGGUACAGUGGUACUCCAACAUCGGCUUUUCUAGACAACAAGCGAAGAGGGAAAUGAGGUUGACUGUCUCGCGCCGAUCUCCCACGCGAGGAUGCAUGGACGCGCAGAAUCGUGGUCCGGGAUCGAGAGCAGUUGCACAGUCUAAUAAGUCGUACAGAUAUACCUCAGCAGCACGCUCCGCGGACCGCAAAGCAAUCAUCCGCGCACGGCACCAAGAAGCGCCUCACCGACACAAAGGAAUACUGUAUAUCUCAAACGCUCACACCAUCUCAGCUCCAGAUUCAAGAAACCUUUCGCCCCUUCACGUCCAUGACCGAUCCGAAGCGUCUCCAUGACCUUUGCCGCCUUUCCCAUAUACUCCGCGCAUAUGCCGCCAUCUCCAGAGACCACAAAUGACCCGAAAGUCUUCGCCCUCGAUCGAAAGCUUUCGGUGCCCCAGCCUCGCAAAGGUGCGAAGAAUCAACAUGGUAGCAGGCUUGGAAAGAGGCGAACCCACAAAGAUACCUAGCCCACAAGCCUUUGUCGAAGGUAGACCGUGGUGGUAGGGUGUAACUUAAGACGAACAACGCGUCGACGCGUCCAAUUCAGUCGCAACGCGUGCCCUAAGGCUGGAAGAUGAAUUGGCGGUCAUAUUACGAGUUGACCGUACGACAGACUGCCACAGGACAUGUGAUAACCCCAGAUAUGGCGAGAAUCUGAAUCACCAGACUUGCUUCUCGCAGCAACAGACGGGCGCGUGUAUUCGUGCUGUCAGGGUUCGCCACCAUCUACAUCAGCAGAGUCCAAGUCAAGACUCAAGAGCCAGGAUACAAGAGUUUGGGAGGCGGAUAUUGCAAGAAUAAUCCGGGGUAGCAGCAUGAGUUACGCCUGGACGUGGCUCUCUGUAUUUCUAGCCCCGCAACACGUUCGUCCCAGAGGGCUGCUGUGCUUUUCCCUGAGUGCCAAAGUGGUAGGAGACGUACGCCGACGUCAAGAUGUCGAGCAGUAAAAUUGCCUGGAGGACAGCCGUUGCAUGGACACCUCAAGGGGCUCGCCGCCUGAACAAAACGUUCAAAACCCGAUCUCGCUUCUGUCUCGCUGGUGAAAGCCUUACGCGGCAGCAAGCGAAGCAUCAAAAUAUACAGAGAUCCCGGAAUGCCAUCGAAGGGACGUCGCCGCGGUGCAUAUUGAGCUUCUCGCGUACGUCCACACUGUCAUAUGAUGUGCCAACUCAUAUGUGUUUUAGAGGAUACGGCGCAGCCUGAUUCUUGCCGUCCUUCACUAUUGCUUCCUACGCUCAGGCUCAGCUACGAAGGCUCCGCGAAGUGUCACCAUCCUUGCACUUCAUCUAGACCGGCCAGUCUUCAUUGUACGAGCUCUGACAGCACUGAAGGGUCUUCUGAUGUUCGUUGGAAGUCUUGCCGGCAAUUCAGCACGCGUGGCUCGGCCACAAAGCAUCUUCAACCUGCACUCUGUUGUGCCAGUUCUUCGCAUCGCCACCGAAGGGGUCGUUCCGAGCAUAAGUGCCAGGGUAUCCAGAAAGACGAUCGAGCGAGCCUUCCAGUGAAUCACUUGGUGCCUCCGGGCUGCGCGUCGUGGCGAGCGUCGUACAUUGCAAGCACUCUGUAGGAGACACUCUCAGUCUUCCAUUGAAAAACGACGCAAAGCUUACUAACGCAAAUGAAGAGGUCCAAUCUUGAUAGUCUCCUAGCCACGUCGAUAUGGAGCCUGAGCGAGUUGAUGGAUGGCAAGGUAGCUUGGAACAACGCAGUAAGCGUUUUCAGCUUGAUGGCGUUCAACUGAUAGUUGUGCAUGGAUAUUACCCGUGUGCGGCUAUGAUUCGCGAGUACAUGACUGAGUAGGGAGACGGACCUCAAUCGUAGUACUCUCGACAACAAUCCGCCGUCGAGGAGAAGCGCGACGGAGCGUAUUGCGGUGUAGCAAUGCAGACGGACCGCACACAGCCUCCCCUACCUUCGGGAGGUGCGGCCAUACAAAUUUUGAGCAGGGGGAGAGGUAAAUCGCAGGCCGAAUGGCUUCUGGUUGACUGCGGUGAGCAAAUGGCGGCGAUGAGUGACGCCCGGCAGAAGAAACCCCGAGAUACAACGGGAGUCAAUGCAAUGCCUUUGGUCAUAAGCUCUGCGACACUUAGCCAAGAAGAUGCAUCAGGAACUAGUCCUGCGGUUAGCUCGUGAAAACUGCUGCAUACAUUCCUCAAUAGCGCGCCGUCUCUUGCGCCGUUUACUUGCCUUCUCACUCCAGUGACUCGCAAAGCUGCUUGCGCUCGGACAGUAAGAGUGAACUAAUCCACUUCUCCUCCUGACGCUUUCCAGCUGCUCCCUCCGCCAGUGACCAAAUAAGAGUCACUCGACGAAAGCCGGACCAUCAAGUCUUUUCUAUCCCUUCCUAUUUGGCCCAGAUAACAGCCGCGCAUCUGGAAAGAUCCUAGGAUUUGAGUCUGCAACACGGCUCGAAAGACGAAGAUGGAGGUGCAUCCGUGUGUGGUGGCUGCUGUCUAAGGUCGUUGCUGUCUGCUGUUUGUGGGUCGGCUUGCCAUCUGUUCGUGGAAGAAGAAAUGACUGCUAGGGGAACCGUGGGACCUAGCGAAGCCUUGGGCGCUGGCUGCAUGGUGUUGGGGAGUGCACCGGUAGGAGCUGACUGAGCAGCUGCGGCGUUAGGGGGCGCACUGAAAGGUGCCACCCACUUACCGUCGGCGAGGCGACCUGCGACUCAAGUCUUCUGGGCGCGGUAGCUUGGUGCGUUGCUCGGCAAGUAUGUCCGCCUCUGCUGCGUCCGAGGCCUCCUUGCACUAGCGGGCCUAGUUGCUAUUGUGUGGGGUGAGGGUUGUGAGUAGGACGUCGUUCUGCAAGUCUUGGAGCACUGCAGCCUUGGCUUCCGCUACCGCUUGAAGGAGGCUAGGGGCGAGGGUCCUGUCGGCUUGAAGGACUGGGAGGACGACGGCAAGCGAAGGAUAAUGUCGCUCUAGCUUAGAGAGGUGUUCGAAUCGGCUUUCGAACAUCUGGGUAGAGAGCUGGGUGAUCCCAGGGCCGUUGGUAGCGAAGGAGUAUGCGUCUUGGUCGUAGUCGCUAUCGUCAUCCAAGCGGUCUUGCGUUAGUGCGACAACCUUUUAGAAGUCGAACAAGUCGGGUUGCAGCUGCAGUAUCUUCCAGGCGAGAAGGGUAGCAAGGACGUUUGUUGCUCGUAGUAGGUAGUAGGCUUCCCUGAUAUACCUAGCGGGACUGGUAGCCAGGUCUAUGACCAGAUCUGGUCCUUGAUAGACAGGUAACUCCAUGGUAUCUACCUAUACCUGGAACCAUUCAGAAUACCUAACACUAUUAGUAGUGUCCAGCUGUUUCCGUAAUCGCACAACGAAGAAAACAAUCUUAUUAAACUCGGGAUCGCUCGACAUUCAACGCCUGCUUCUUCUCAUGACUCAAAAAGUCUUCUGGUAUAGCCUUUCUGAGCCGCAGCGCUGAUAAGGCAGUGACCAAGGAAUCGGUCAGCGCUGAAUAUCUCCUUGAGUCAGGUGUUGUAGUGAAACAGUAUAUGGCGGGACACCGAAACUCUCUUGUGCAUGUUGAAUCUCUUGACUCCAAUUGAAAAGACGCUCUGGUGUGAUCUCCUACUCGUUGACCGUCAACUCUUUUGCCACUCCUGUCUCCAGUCACUACAGUGGAACGGCUUGAAGAAGGACUGUGGGGGUGAAGCUGGGACAACAUGGUCGCCUUCCAUCUCGGGGGUUGUAAGACUGUGUCGAUGGGCCCGUGGAGAGAGAGUUGAUGCCUUCUUCGCAGGUCAAGUCGAGGUGUGACGCGUCUGUCUUGCUGCCCCUGCUACACGCUUCCACAGGCAAACCCUGCAUCUGCGCUAUGGAGUAUGUCUGUUCGUUCUGCCUUCUCUUGAGCUAUGCUCCUGAUAGAUCGUUCGAAGGAAGAAGUAGCCUCGUUCGAUCUCCAAAGUCGUAGAGGCGUGUCGUUCCAUAUUGAGGGGCUAAGGGUGAGACGCUGCGUACACAAUGCUGUCGCGUUCAUUCUCAAAGGCGAUAGGUCGUUUCUGUUGCUGCAGACGCGCAGAGCGGAAAGUGAGGUAAUCACUGGGUGAUGGCGAUCGGUCGGUUCUCAGCGCCUGCGUCUUCUCCUGCACCAAACCGUCUUAUCACGCCGUCCUCUUUCGUGUGUGUGCUAACGAUACCAUCGCUAUAGAUCCGGCAAGCACUGGACGUCUAUCGUUCAAAUAAGCACUCGGCGAGAGGCGAGGGGGCUGCUGAGCUGCUCGUGGCCACAGGUUGGGGUUCGCGUCUUUUCAGGUAGCGGAUGAACUGUCGAGCCUGGCGGAAGCGACGCGUCUGGAUUCAAGAAAGCUGGGUAUUCUUGCUCUUGCAGGCGCAAAGAUAGGGCGAUGGAGAUCCCGUCUCCGGUCGCACGUCAGCGUUGGUGUCCGCAAAAUGCGAGCAGAUGUCUCUCGAUCCUUCUCAGAUGUCGCUGUAGUGCCGGCGUCGGCGCAGCCGACUUCGAAGACAGGCAUUGUUUGCUUGUGAUCAACCCAGGCAAAGGGGGAAAUGAAAUUGCCUCCUUUUCUGCACAAUCAACUUUCGUGAUAUCGCGCGCGAAAAAGGCGCCGCUCCGCUUCGUCCUCUUGAGCUGCUACUCUCACAGAAUGCUCACGACAAACUGCAGAGAGACGCGUCUGUGUUGUUACUGGUGCUGGCGCGAGCGGAACAGGUGAAGUCGUCAAUUCUGCUGUGUCACUGCUCGUGGGUUCGUGUGCCGCGGAUUUGCGUGAUCUCUUCCCUCUCGUGAGUCGCUGCUCUUGCUGCAUGUUCGUGACCGACUUCAAAGACGCUGACCUGCCGGGGUCGUCGACGCGAGGCAACUAGGGGACAUGGUCCUUGUAAGCGGUCCUCGGUGAAUCGGUGAUGUUUGUGUUGUGGAGGGUGACCAAAGGGCCGUUCGCCAUCUUAUGAGCGGGUUGCUUGAAUGAGAGUCUCCCGGCACCGUGCUAGCCAGCCGCCGGCAAGGCUGUGCUGACGCUGUUGCUCGUGGUUCCAAUGAACGCGUAAAUAUUCGAACCCUGGGCGAAAUCAAUCACUCUCCUACGAGCUGCUGGAAGGGGCGCCGAUGCAUCUCAUCUGUAUGGAGGCGAAGCGAGGCAGACGCGUGCUCGUCGUCCGCGUGACUGUCCGUCCAAAAGGCCACCUCCUCGUACAUUUUCGACUCCUUCCCAAUUCGGCCACUGGCGAAAAAAAAUCAAAAAGUGCGCGCGCGCGCAAUGGAUCAACACGUCGUUAGCAACUGGAGCCCAAAACCAAGGGCGAACGAUUGCUAUCGUUUCCGACAUACAUAGAACGAAACAAGAUCAAAAAAAAGAAGUCAUCUGCGGAGGCAGGUAUUGUGGCGAGAUGAACUCGCUGAAAUUGUGAAUGCUCCUAUUCGAUGUUAGUAAAAUCGUCCACUCAAAGUGGAUCUCAUUCCAAGCACGCCGACUCAGAAUUGCACCACUCGCCCAGCAGAGCACUCGCAGCUAGUGGUGCUGGGCGAGGGACACAUGAAAAUUACCCCCUAUAUACCUUAACACAAGCCGCAGGAGCUCAGAGUACUCACCAUUCCCCACGCAUUGCUGCGGCUCAAACAAUUCGUUUCCCGAGCGUCUCAGGCAUGAGGAGGCACAAUAGGCUAAUCUCAUCGUGCACGCCAGUUCGGAGACGGGUCGCCUGCCGGAGGUGGACGGGCAAGCGGCAAGCCGGGUGAGCAGUGAGAAGUGACUCUUUUCCAUUUCUCUCCCUCGUCCCAACAUCGUCAGAUCAUCACCACCUCUACGCGUCGCAUCGAUCUUUCUACGGUAUUACCAGCCACGGACGCGUCUCCCUGACAGAGAAUCCAUCUCAGGCAUUGGCGAGCCGCGCAGCAUCUCAGGAGACGCCCAUCUACACGCAGCUACGCGCUGACUCCCCACUGCCAGAUCCAACACCUUUAACACGGCGGCCAUCCAAGCGGCGAUCCCAGACUCAGUGCAGAUGAGGUAGCCACGGAAACUAUCUAUCAUCCCGUAAUAGAAGGCCUCGCCUGCGUGUGUGUCGGCCCUUCGAGGAAGUAGAUCAGCACACUCGCAAGAGCACUGAGAAGGACAAGCGCGUGCGGAAGGCCUUGUCGCGACGGACCGUUAGCACAUGGACAAGAGGAGGACGGUCCUGCAUCCGAGCGUCUUGCGGAAUGCUCGCCUUAACUACUGGAUAGCGUCCAAUGUCACGCGUCAGGAAGCAAGUCCGCCGUACCUCCUUGUCCCUCGAAGCAGGUGGACUAUCAUCAGGUCGGUCACCCUCACCUCAAGCCGCGCGAGUGUCGCCGCGCGUCUGAGGAGUGAGGAGCCCGAUUUCGAGCAUGCGUAUAGAGCACCCUCUGCUUCCUACGGGACAGAUCGUGCCUCCGUCUUCCUCGUGGCCCUCCUCGGGAUUGGAAGCCCCCGGGACUCCAGUGUUCUAGGAGACAGGGAACAGCAGGUUUUGCCGCACCACGAGAUCACCUUGUCAUCCCAUCAUCAGUUCUGAUUGCGGAUACAGUGUGGCAGAGGUUUCCAGAAACAGUACUUACCCUGCACGCGAAGUUGCUUCCUGAGCCCUGAACGACGCUGCAGGCUUCGGCGUCCUAGACGGAGAACAAAGAUCCAGAAAAAACACAUCUCUUUCUCGGCCCAGCAAACAUUCUGCAAGGGGCACGCCAGCCUCUAUCGCCAACGGGAUCCACUAUAAACGGGAAAGGAGCUUCUCAAGGCUUUGAGGUCUCUGUUCACAAUGUACUUCACUCGCACCAGCGGGAACGCAGGAGCCACGGGCGGAUGUCUAAGGAAUAUGAGACAUCCACGGAACUGAAGCGAAGGAAGCAAACAUUGCAGGACCGGGAAGACAGUGAUAUAGAGACAAAAGUCACGAAAGAGCGACGACGAUAUGAGAGUGAGGUGCUGCUCCCCGACUUCCACUGGGACGGACUUGGCCCAUCUGGGACUACCGUCGACGCAAAGGAUCUAGCGUCGUUGCAUGAUCCCGGCUGUGUGCAUGGAGAUCAGCGCUAUUUUAAGCCUCUUAUGUUGGCAGGGAAAGCUUGUCACAACCUUUGAUCUGUUUCUUCUUCUUCAUGCGGUGCAAUCUGACGGACAACAGGAAGUUCAAGGUGACGGACGUUCUUGGUCAGCAAGCGAGAGAGAAGCGUUCAGUGCAGCAGCCGUGGCAUCCUUCCAUCGCCCGUCGCAUUCUCAGGAACGACCAAACACAACUGUGCAGAUCGGAAAUCGCGGUCCGGCAUCAGAUGAUCCCCCAUGCAUUCUGGAAAGGACGACGUCGAAAUGACAACGAUGACAGCGCCUGCCGCUGAUGUUCCAUCGGAUGGUCAGUCCACUAGCACAGCAGGAACUUUGUUAGAUCCAAUCAACGGGCAAGAGAGCAGCAGUCAGGUCAUGAGAAUAUCAGAUACGUGCACACUUCGAUUGUUUCCACCCCUCACUCGGGAUGGCCUUGGCCAUAACUCUUUUGCUUGACUUACAGCGUUUCUCUGAAUAUGGCUGUACUGCCUAUCGAAGGAGUAUUUGCCCUGUACUCUGGCGGCGAUUGCAUCAGGCGACCUGGUGCUGACUGUUUGUGCUCUAGCAAAGCCGUGAAGCAGCUUCAAGUCGAGAUCCAGCUGAUGAAAAGCCGCUCCAGCGAGGACGCGAUUACGGUCCUGGACAUGAUGGUCCUGCCAAAACCAAUGACAACUCCGCACCCUACAGUACUACUGAGACACGUCUUCCACGUAUUCGACCUGCUUAUGGUCAAUUAUUCCGUCCAGGAGACCCAAGACGUUUAGUGAUACCACGAAAGCCAUCCUGCUAAGCCCACGAGACGUUCAUUCUGGUACUGCUCUCGGCCAAGGACGCCGUCGCAAGGGAGCGAGCAAGCUUGGCUCUUCGUUGAGCUUACAAGCCAUCGCUUCCCGACCGAUUUCGAAAUCGAAAACGCCAUCAAUCGGAAUUCAAACUCUUGUGUGUGUGCCUUAUCUUCUAACUUCCAUUUGGAAGGUUCGCAAAGGUGACGAUGGUUUCCUGCUGAACAUUUGAAGUGCCACUGAAUUGUUAUUCCUCUUGACUAGGCUGCGAGACGAAGUCUUUGCUAAUAUACAAGCUUCCGCCGGCUACAAUGCGCGGGCUACACAACCGAUCGGUUUAUGCGAAGCACUACGACAAUUUCAUACUACUUCUAAGGCAGAGUAACCGAGCUGAUCGCUCAGUCAAUCCACGGGCAGACGAGGACAAAUCUAAUAAACAUGAAGCAGGAACCCACGGAGAUGCAUCUACUAGUAGCUCGCGUCUCCGACAUCAACAAGGUCCUGUCCGCGUGGCAGAGAGACUUGCGGCGUCUCCAGCAUGGCAUCGGAUCAAAUUCAGCUCGUCAAGAUGUGCUCUAAAGCAAAGUUCGCAGCCAAGGCGAGGGCUACCUCUUGCUCCGACGUCCACUACACCACUGAUCAGCGAGCAUCAUACCCGGAUAUACAUCCCGAUAGCUAGUAGCGCAUGUCGCGAGGCCGAGCCACGUGAAAGAGUCGACCAAAUCUCUCCCAUGUCACCUGAUCUCGAAGGCGCUCAGCUGUAUGAAUUUCACGGCCACACGCCAGGAUCCAGCCUUCAAAACAAAUGCGCUCAAUUUCGGUGACACCAAACAGGGCGUCGAACCUGGCUGGUAUAAAGCGCUUUAUGGAAUCUAGAGACUGAAUCAUCUCAGACUCAAGCGCAUCUCAAGCCGAUUUCCUUUUUGCCUUCGUCGUCAACAAUCAACGUCUACGCGUCAAUCUAUCGGGAACAGUCGUUCUGACCUCAAAAGACCCAAUCUUGCACACAAAUCUUCUCACUACCAUAAUCAUGUUCUCCCAAUUCCUCGCAUCCACUCUUGCCAGCAGCGCGUCCACCCUCGCCCUCCCCAACGGCCAAGGCCAACAAUCCCAAACCGCCAUCGCCUACCAAACGGGCCCCGGCGUCAACGACACGGUCAACACGUUCAACUUCCUGAACUGGAACAGCAACAUGGCCCUCCCCAAGAUCUUUGCCACUUCCAUCUGGGCGGCAGGCGGAAACGCCGCCGCCGCCGACGUGAAUGGAUACAUGAUGUGAAAUUCAAUGCGCCGCGUAACGACUUGGCGACGAAUGCGGUGCAAGUCGCAUGGAUUUGUUGCGGGGAUUGCGGUGCGCUUGCGAGUGGUACGAGGACGAGUACUGCUGCGCGGCUUGUUGGGACGGGGAAUGCGACGAUGACGACGACGAAUGCGACGACUCCUCCCUCGAGGACGCCUACUGCCAUGGGAUCGGGAAUUUCGAAUGCGGCGGCUGGAAGCAGGUCCUUCACUUCGGCGGGCGUGAUAUUGGUUGGUGGUGUUGCGACGGUCUUUCCCGGUUUCUAGACCGCGGGGGUUGAGGAUUGUGGUAUCAUUGCGUUUUGCGGCCGGUUCAUGGGAUUGCAUUGCGUGGUAUUGGGAUUCGCGACAGAUCGUUUGGCGUCAGGUCUGCUUGCUAUGAGUGUAUGGUGGUGAUCAACACUGCGCGAUAGUCUAAGAUCUGUCUCACCGAACUCACCCCUUCUGUGUUCUCGGCUCUUGGUGGCUCUUUCGUGUGUUCGAUGCAUCAGGACUGGUGUCCCCAGUUGAUGUCGAUCCGGUUCGGAGAGACUUCGAUGGGUGGUGCCUCUGCUAAGACUUCUCCGAGAGCACGAGCACAUCAUGUUCUGAGUAUGCUUUGCCAUUCGUGACAUGCUCACCUAUACCAAAAUAUCCAGACCAUCAGACGUGCAACAUGGACGCUGAACCGUACAAUUCCGGACCGUACAAUUCCGGACAGCGGAGCAGAUAUGGGGUAUUUGAGGUGAAGCGAUGAUAACUUCGCUUUCACAGCUGUUACCGCUGACGACUUUUGGCGGGGAGCUCGGGGCAAGUUAGGUACAUGUACGUAAGCGCCUGCCAAGGGAUUUCGUCGCGUUUUGCCGUGCGCUGUCUUUUACUCCUCCCUCCAAAUCGACACGAGUUAUCAACACUCACCAAGAAGGGCGCGCGCGUGUCGAAUCUGCCCAAUUCAUUCAAUAUUGUUGUUGCCGUCUUCUGCACUUGUUGAUUAUUUGCCAUUGUCCCUUUCAUCUCCCACCGACCGAGCGCCGUCGUCGUCGUCGUCCGCGCCGAGAUGCCGCGCCCGCCGGACCUCUACACGCACGCGCAGUUCGAGAGCGUGGCCAGCGACCACCAGGGCGAGACGGUGCAGUGCGUGCACUGCCGCAACUGGACGGGGUCGGUCAAGACGCUGAACCGCAAGAAGGCGCAUCUCCUGAACUGCACGCAGUAUGCGCAGUGGCGGGCGGCGGGAAAUGGACAGGACCUGGCGCCCCCUAACAAGUACAAUAAGCGGGAUUCCUCGACGCUAAACGCGUGGGACCGCGGAGAGGCCGGGUACGUUUCCUACCGACCCCGACGCGAAUUACCCUGCAUCGCCCAAAUCAACGCUGACAACGAUGCAUAUCUCGUGCAGCGCCGUCAACCCAUACCUCUACUCCUCGCCAUAUGGCGGCGGCGGCGGCGGCGGCGGCGGCAACGAGCAACAACCGCAGACCAUGAUCCGCGGUCGCAAUCUCGGUAUCUUCAUCUCCCCGUCAAUACCACACGAUCUCACACCUUACUGACAUGCGAUACAGAUAUUACCAAGGUCACCAUGCACUCUGAUCCAACCUAAUCCUUCCCCUCCCUGCUAACCUCGCGUAGUACUUCGACGAGUUCUACGACAACGAUUCCGCUCAGAAGGUGAGUAAGCUCCUAUUUCGUCUAUACAACAAUCCAUACAAGAUCCAAAGUCAAUGCGAAGUCCGUGUCACGCUCGCACAUGCUGCGUGGGAUGAGAGCGACUUGAUAUACCUACACACAUUACAUCGUCCUGCCAUCGACAACUUACUGACUGCGGAUAACAGUGCAUGCGCGUGCGAUGCCUGUCAUGCGGCUUCGUGCGAGCCAAGAACACGACCCGACAAGUCGAGCACCUCGGGGAUUGCCAGCCCUUCCUCGCCUCGACCGAAGGCCAACAGGCCCUCGCCAACGGAGAGCUCGAGCUUGCCGCGGCUGGCGGUAUGGGACGUCCAUCUUUUGGAAAUCCUGCCGGCGGAAACGACAUCUGGCGUGGCAGUGCCCCCAAUCCGAAUAUCGCUGUCGGCGCCCCGGGUAAUCAAUCACGACCUGCCAACGGUGUCUUCGCAAACACACCAAACAGCCGGAUGGGCCCGCCACCACGGCCUGCGCCCUCCCUCGCGUCCCAUCUGUUGAAUAAGUGGCCGGACAAGCUCAGCAAAGCAACGCAGCAGCAGUUCCUAUCACAUGCUGGCUGCGGCACUCUGUCGGCUGGUGCCCUCUCGAACUGGCUCGGUCAGAACAGUCACAUCUCGCGCGCCAUGAUCGGCUUCAUUGGCUCCCUCAUCGGCAAAGUGAGGCUCCCAGAGACACCAAACAGCAAGCAAAACACCCAAUACCGCGCACUCGACCUCCUCAUCUCCACCAUCAGCAACCUCAGAAAAGAACUCGAUUUCAUUGAGUCCACGAAGCGCAAAUACGGCAUCAAGACCGAUGGAGAGCCGCCGUCUCCCAUCACCAAGGCGUACGUCGAUCUUCUCGCAAGCGUAUCGGACCCACGAGCGAGCUUGCUCGAAGGCAUGGUGGCACUCUGGGUCACUGAGCACGUGAGUUCUCCAUUCGUCUUUGUUCGUCACGCGCCUCACUGACUCAACGACAGUGCUACUGCGUUUCCUGGCAAUACGCUUCCACAUUUGCAAACACCGUCCCCUCCUCCAACUACUCCGUCCCUUCCUACCUCACACACAACAGCAUGGACCCUUACGGCAACGGCCCCCAAACUGCACGCACCAACACCGGAAACGACCAACACGUCGCCGCACUGCAAGAAGCCCUGAUCCCGAAUUGGACCUCACGCGAAUUCAGCAAAUUCGUCGACGCCUGCCGCGCCAUUGUCGACGAGCUCGCCAACGCAGAAACAACCGGCAGCGGUCGCGAGCAACUGACUCGCUGCGAACUGCAAUACCAACAGGUCAUUUUCCUGUGGGAGCGCAUCUGGCCCGAAGUCGACGGCAUGGGCGAGGAGAAUGAGCUGGCCGAUGACUCUGUACGGGAUUCGACGUCUCAAGACCCCGCUCGGCCCGCAUCGAGCGGCAUGUCAGGUCCUCCCGCCACCAACAACAACACGAAUCAAGCACCCGGCGGAAAGACCGAAACCAUCGAAAUCGACGACGACGAUGACGAAGAAGAGGAAGAAGGAGCAUCACGAGACCAGGACGCACCGAUGGAUCCGGCAGACUCUCCGUAUGGAGGAACCGGCCUGGGUGUCAUUGCGGCUGCCAAUCAGGCAGGCUGAUCACCUCCUACAUGCCCUAUCGAAUACAUUGUGUACAGAACCGCACAAUUCUCCUUAGAUGGAUGGAUGAAGCACAGACAGAAACACGUUGUAACACGACGGAGAAAGAUGGAACUGGUAUGAAUCCUCUAUAUUACAUCACAUCACAUCGACAGCGUAUGGUCCCCCGCUUUGCUUCUUUUUUUUUUCUCCUUUCGGGGCAAAGCACGCACGCGUCAUAAUACCCCGGAAAGGAAACUGCUGUAGUAUAAUCUUCCAUACCGCUGUCAAAUGUACAGUAGUACACUUCAUCCUGUCCCUCCCCCAUACCCGUCCCAACACACUCUCUCAUCCAGAACCCCUUUCUCUGCCCACUUUUCCUUUCCAUUUCCAUUUCCAUUCCCUUCUUUUCCGAUCGGCCUGCAGGUCCAAAUUUGUCCCUCUGGAGCGGACUUUUGCGCGUAAUGCCCCAUUCUAGGCCCGCUACAUCGCGCGCGCGCGGGGUCCUGUUCGGAUUUCUAGAUAUCUGGAGAUCUGGAGAUUUGAACAAUCUUUUCUUCGGACUUGGAGAGGAAGACAUGGUGUCGCACUCACUGGAACUGGAAUUCCGCGUAGCUGAAAGAAGAUGGGGGUUCGUCUUGUCUUGUCUUGUCUUGUCUUUUCGGAGCAUGCUAAUUUUCUCGACACAUAAACCUUUCCAAUUGAAAAUGGAAAAGGAAGUAGAGACCGUUUUCUCCUUCUCCUUCUGUCUGUCUUAUCGCUAUCGUUAUCUGACGAAUGAAUCGGGUUCCUGUAUAAGAAGAGAGAAGAAAAGAGAGAGAGAGAAACAUUUCAAUUUCUGAGACUUAUUAAGAUAUCAGAGGAUUUGGGAAGGAAUGUUACGAAGCUGGCCAGUUUUGGAGUGCGUGUCAAAGAUUCCUUACCCUUUAAGAAAGAGAAUUGGAUGGAAAUUGAAAGUGUGGCAUGUCGCUCGCUCAGGGCAUCUGAAUCAGUUUUUUCGACCUCGACAACGGUCUAUCUAUACUGAUUCAUUCGCUGGUUACGGCGGGGCGGGUGGAUACGGGUGGCCUUGCUCGGUUUGAUGCUGAGGUCGGGGAGUAGUUUUAACAAAGCCGUCUCGUGGAUUUUCGGAUACCAACCAUGGACCACACGUAUCAUGAGUGCUUCUGUAGGGCAAGGCUCUUCCUCCCGGCCAGCCCGAACGUCGUAGGCAUGCAAGGCCAUCUAGGAUUCCUAAUCGAGGCGGCAAGUCGAUCCAGGAAUGGGAUGUAGUAGUGGCAAGAGCAGAGCAGAGUCCUCCUGCGAGAGUCGAGGCUCGAUGCUCCCAGUAGUAGAUCUGGCUCGCAGACGUGCGCGAGGUCAGCAUACGAGUAGGUAGCGCUGUCACGAGCGGCGUAGUUCAUGUGGUCAUCAGAAUAACCAUACCGCUCGCUGUGCCCCCAAGAAAAGGACACUCGGAUUUCUCAUCCUUAUUUAUAACCAGCCAGCCAGCCAGCCAGCCAGUCGGUGCUUAUCAUCCGCGAGCAGCGCAACGAAGUCAGAAAAUAGGAUAGAAUCCAAAAAUCUCCCGCGCGAGGUUCUCUAGUACCGUACGAAGAUGAAAAUCUCCCCGAUCAAACCCAUUGCAAGUUUCCAUCCGUCCGGGUGUGGUUGACAGGUAUUACAUAGGGACGCAUUAUCAUCACCAGCUUCCACGCAUUCCGCAUGCGAUACAAAUGGGAAAGGAAAGGGAAAGUGACAUUAUUGUUUCCCAUCGUUCUGUUCCGUUCGUCGUCGUCGUCUUCGGCAUCUGCGCAGCUGAUCCAAGCUAGAGGCCUAUCUGCCGUGCGGUGGACAUCCGCCAUCGUGGGGAUCUGAAAUUCGGUUUCUUUCGCGCUCACUUGAUCGAUCGAGACAAAGUGCAUCGAUCGAUCCAGACCGUAUGAGGCUGAUGCACGUAUUUCAAGCGCCGGAAGCCAUCGACUACGGAUGACGGUACAUGCAUGGGGGUGUUGACCGCCCAACAUGAUCAUGAACGCUCUCUUCGCCAGCCUGGUCGCAACCGUACAUAUGAUUCUGCUUCGCAUGGUAUGUGCCUCAAAUAUUACGGGCAUUCCAUUCGCAGCAACAACCCGACAAGAGCAGACUACACGACGUUGCAUUCCUGCAUAUGCGACUCAACGGACGGUGAUGUCUCCGUCAAACCAACCUAGACCGUGAUCGAUAGUUGCUGAAAGGAAAAAAAAAAAACUUAUGUUCUUUAUGCAGAAUUUCUCGCAUGCCUUCAAGCACAUGCAUGAAUCCAACCCAUUGCAAUUCCAGGAUUCGUAUGAGAUGUACAUGUCGUCCGGUACCCCGCCUUGGCAACACGUUCUCCAAGAUUUUUUCAAAUAUAGCUCUCGAUCGAUGUCAAAGCACGCGUUUUGAAAUCGAUGGCGCGCGAAUCCGAAGCGUGUGUCUGCCACAAGACCGUCGUCGUCGCCUCAGACUCCGGAUUUAUCUCGAGGAUUUCCGCGAAGUUCUCCGCCGCUUGGGAUGCAGUGCCCUGGAGUGUAAGUAUGAGGCUUCGAACGUUGGCUUCGAGGAGGUCACCUAGGUUAGGUCAGGAUAAGGAUAAGGAUGAGGAAAGGGAGGACUAAAAGUUGUAUUAACUGGCAUCUUUCAGCUUAGGCGGAUAUUUACCCCCAGUGGACGUCGGGGUGAGUCUCUGAUUUUCGAGAGCCAUAUAUAUAUAUCGCGAAUGACAACACCACUACUCCUUACCCCUCCUCGGCGCAAAUACGCGAGCGAUGAAGCGUUCCACUCGAACCUCGAAGCUUUCACGGCUUUACAUGUAGGCGCACGCGUGCUCCAGACGCGUCAGUCAGGCAA